GUGGUGGUCUAUCCGUACAAUAUGGCCGCACAAAUUGUAUCACAAAAAUCGGAUACAAAUAAUAGUCAAGGACCGUCGUAUGCAAAUGCGGUCCUUAAUAUGAAAAAUGAAAGUAACAAGGAAAAUCAAAUUCAAGUUGAAAUGCAUGUUCAAACCGUAGUGACAAAAGAACCUGUGCCUGUUGUUGAGGUAUCGAAUUCGGUGGAAGAUUCAUCGAAUUUUACCACCGUUGUACGGCGUACAGAACGUAAUAAAAAAGAUCGUCAUAAAGAUGAUAAACAUCACGGACCUCGAACUCAACAACCCCGAGUUCAACCACAACAACAAGCGCCCCAUGAAGUCGUGAAACCAGCAGGUGUUGUUGAACCAAAUUUAAAUAACUCAGAAAAAGUUGCGACUGAACAGAAUGAAACAAAUGAUACAGAUAAAUCAGGAAAAAAAGUUUUUGUAGCUGCACCUCCACCAAAGGUUAAUGCAUGGCAAGUACGUGCGAAUCCAACAAAUCGUGCGGUUCUUCAACCUCAAAGACAAUCACAAGGCAAUAAAUCAUCACAUGCUUCACGUGAUGGUUUUAAGUCGCGUAGUAAUAAUGAAGCACCUACUCCCACAGUAAUUACUGCACCCUCCGAUAAACGUCGUUACAACAAAAAGGCAUCUGAUUUUAGUGAUAUUGGCGAUUGGCCUACAUUAGGCGAUAAUAUUGAAAAUAGAAAAUCUAAUACUCCCCUAGGAACUGUAUCAAAUAGUAAUACCAAUACACAACAAAAUAAUACCACAAAUGAACCAGACAAUUCUGGUGAAAAGAAUAAUACUGUUCCUAAUACAAUCUCCGACAACUCAUCACAGAACCAACUAAAACAGGAGAGUUCUACAUCGUCAAAUACUAGUGGACAAUCCAGUACCAGCACUCAACAAGACUUAAAUAAUAUGGAUAAUACGGAAAAUGAUAAACGGAAACGAGUUUCCAAAAAGAAAUGGGUCCCUCUUGAAAUCGAUCUGAACAAAACAUCGACAAAGCGUGAACGCUCACCAAAAUUCGCCAAUAAUUACGAUGAAAAUUGUGAUCCAGAAGAGCGGAAUGGUGAAAAUUGGAGACGUUCGAGCAACAACGAUACACAUAAUAAAAAUUAUGGUCGACCAAGAUCAGCUGGUGCUGGGGGACGUUCAAAUGGUGGACAUCGUAAUAGUCGUAAUGCGAAAAAUAGUGGUCGUAAUACAGUCGCUGGCGGACGUUCCAAUUAUUUUAAUCGACCUAAUGUUCGAUUUGCGUUACCAAUUGAAUAUUCAGAUUAUCCGCCAGAUUAUUCUCAGGUGAAUCCUGAUGGUAAUUUUCUUAUGCCAUAUAUGGGAACUUUCUAUUGUGGCGGAAUUUUUAAUUCAAUCGAUAUGCCAACUUUAAAAGAAUAUAUUCGAAAGCAAAUUGAAUAUUAUUUCAGUGCUGAAAAUCUAACUCGUGAUUUUUUCAUGCGACGAAAAAUGAAUCGUGAUGGAUUUUUACCAGUAACCUUAAUAGCAUCCUUUCAUCGUGUCCAAUCCUUAACCACCGAACUGCCCUUAAUCAUUGAAGCAAUUCAAGAAUCCAAAGGUUUAGAAUUAGCCUCUUUAAAUACAAUGGUUCGUACACGACAGAAUCCCACACAAUGGCCCAUAUUGGAUCAUUUAGGUAAUCCCAUGGAUGAUCCGAAUUCCGCUGAAGUGAAACCACCAAGCGAAGACGGACGUGGUCCUGCUUUACCAAUUGGUUUCGUACCUCCACAAGGAUUUCAAGAUGCUAUGCGUCGAUAUCGUGGGGGAGUUGCACAAGAAGAGGUGAUUACACCGCCACCAAUUGAUUUACGAUCGAAUCGAUUAACGGAAGUGCCAAGACCCCCACCGGUUCUUGGUGGUAGCAAAUCUACCAAUGAUACUGAAAUACAUUCAGAUAAUUUAAACCCAAAUGUUCCUGAAUUUGUCCCUGAUAAUAAUGGUACAAAUUCCCAACAAAGUAGCGAUGAAUCCAAAAAGAAAACUGAUAGUAGUUCCUCGUUGUCAUCGGAUAAAGAUGAUGAACAAUGGUGUGAAGUCCGUCGACGUCCCAAUAAAACUUCUGGACGCGAUAACAAAUCAUCAAAUCAUAAUUCAAAUUCUAAUAGUAAUAAUAAACUUCAUGUCGAAGAAUUGGAGUUUGCUCUUGAUGAAGAGCUAGAUGCUCCGCCACAAGGUCGUGUGAAUACGUUCUCUAAGUGGUCAGAUGAGGAUGAUGAUGAGUUAAGCGAUGGUGAUAUUAAUAAGCUGUUGAUUGUAACGCAAGCUGGUGGAGCUGAUGUCGAUGAAUUACGAAUAUCAUCGACGACGACACGACCUCCAAAACAUGAAGGAUAUGAUCGCACGGGAAAUUGGUUGACACGUGUGAAAAUUUCUCAAGACUUAGAACAGGCCAUUAACGAUGGUCUUUAUUACUAUGAAGAAGAUUUAUGGAUUAAAAAUGAUGCCCGAAUUUCAAGUAGCUACAAAACAGUAAACUUAAUAACACGUGAAGAUUUUGAAAAAAUGGCACCGAAAGUACCCAAAAAACCAAACCCUGAAGUUCCUCCACCACCUCCACCAUCUUUACAACAAACAGAAAGCACUCAGCGGCAGCCUAGUGCAAGUACAUCAGCGGCACGACGUAAAGCAGCACCUAGAUUUUAUGCUGUUACCAAAGAUGAAGGACCUGAUCCACGUACCCCAAGAAAACGAAAAACUCGCCACUCAAAUAAUCCACCAGUGGAACGUCACGUUGGUUGGAUUAUGGAUAGCCGAGAACAUCGUCCACGAACUACAUCUAUGAGCCAUUCAAAUGAUGGACAAUUAAGCACAAGUUAUGGAAGUGUACCAAAUUCUUUGCCCACGUUCCAACAUCCAUCGCACUUGUUACUUAAAGAAAAUAAUUUCACUCAGGAAGCCUAUCAUAAAUAUCAUUCAAGAUGUAUUGAAGAACGUAAACGACUUGGUAUUGGACAUUCACAAGAGAUGAACACAUUAUUCAGAUUUUGGUCAUUUUUCUUACGUGACCAUUUCAACAGAUCUAUGUACAAUGAAUUUAAAACGCUUGCACUAGAGGAUUCAGAGGCUGGAUAUCGUUAUGGUAUUGAAUGUUUAUUCAGAUUUUACUCGUAUGGUUUGGAGAAUCGAUUUAGGCCAUCGCUAUAUCAAGAUUUUCAAUAUGAGACAAUACGUGAUUAUGAAAGUGGACAAUUAUAUGGUCUAGAGAAAUUCUUCGCUUUUCAUUUCUAUUACAAGCAUGCGUCUGAUUUGGAGAUUGAGGCAACAUUACGAAAAUAUUUAUCACGAUUUAAGACUUUGGAUGAUUUUAAAGUUGUUGAACCAAAAAUAAAUGAAGAAUUGGAACGAAAUCGACGUAGUCAUUUAGCACGGCGUAAUCGUAGUGUUUCUGAAAGUAUUGCAAUUGAUUCACCACCACGAUCAAAUCGUUCUGGUGCCAGCAACAGUUAUCGAGAACGUUGUUAUUCUGGUAGUGGUUUCCAACGGAACACUCGUAACAGCGUUAAUGGGUUAAGGCUUCCUUCACAAUCCGGCGGAGAGGCUAACAGGAGACGGGUGUUAGUAUCAAAUCAGAGACAUGACUCAUAUUCGUACAGUACAUCAGCGGGUUCUGGAAGUGGUAGCUAUCAUGGUGGUGGUUUCCAUGGAUUCAGUCGUUCACGCACUAAUUCAUGGCGUCAACCCAUUAAAAUAACAAAGGAUGAUGCAUCAACAUCAUCAGCUAACAAUUCACAAAAAGGUCCAUCCUCCUCGUUUGGAUCAAAUACAUCACUUGGUACCAAAACGAAAAAGAAGCGUAACAAUACUGGUUCCGGUUCCACAUCAUCGACUGCGCCCACAACUACAAAUACAACAUCAACAACAGCGACAGCUAGUGGUAGUGAUAAUAAACAAAAAUCAUCUCAACAAACCAAAAACUAAAAAAAAAACUUAACUAUUAUAAAAAAAUAAAAAAAAUACUGCCAUUUUUUUUUAUAAAAAGGUUAUAUAAAUCAAAUACACACCCAAACACACACACAGACUCUUUUUGAAAAAAAAUUUUAUCAAAAAAAACAAAAAAAUUCACAUAUUUUGAGAUAAACUACAGUCAAACCUGGUUAUAACGACAUUGAAGGGACCGUACAAUCAUGGUCAUUAUAACCAAAAAUCAUUAUAGCGUGCGUUUAUCUAAAUUGAAUAAUUUUCUUCCAGGGAGAAAUGUCAUUAGGAGAUAAUUUGGUGGCUCCUUCACUAAAAAUUAUCCUUCUGCGAAGAAAAACGAAAGUACGGUUGACAAAAUACAAGCUAGAACAUAGAGCCUGAAACCAUUACAAGUCGUCAAACGUCUCUGAUUACAAGCUUUGGUGUUUCAGUUUGUCUUAUAACGACCAGGCUUUAAUUUUUCUUCGAAAAAGGAUGAUUUUUAGUGAGAGAGCCACCAAAUGAGCUCCUAGUAACACAAUAACUCCUAAGUCAUAACUAAUGUUGAAGUUAGUUUUGUUGUUAAGGCCUUACAGUUUAUAAAGCCAAAAUGAAGUGAAUAAGGUUCAAAAUAGUAUACAAUUUGUUUUUUAAAUCAUUUUCCAUACUACAUCAAUGAGUGUGAGGGCAUAUAUAUACAUUAAGCAAUUUGUACAAGAAAGAUACUAUUAUAUAGUUUUCUAGGUGUAUCGUACUGAAGAGUGAGGAUUUUGUGUCGCAUACAAAGUAUAUUGACUGAACUAUCUACUACUGUUCAAAGACAAAAUGCUUUAGUCAGUCAUAAAAUUCAAAACAAACUGCAACUGAGCAAAGCUACAAACACAUACAAGAAAACAUAUAAUAAUAUUUUUCUUAUAAACAUUGCUUAAUGUAUAUGUACUCUCCGACACUAAUGGAUGUAGUAUGGGAAAUGAUUUAAAAAACAAUAAUGUUAUA